AAAAAUUAAUGUCACGACCAGAAUCACAAUUACCCCCAAAUUUAGUAAGUAUCAUAAUCUAAUCAUUCUCUAGUACUAUAAUGAAUAAGAAAGUGUUAAAUAUACUAAUUGCAAUAGAAUUAUAAAUAUUUAAACAUAAUUAAGCGAAAGAGCUAUUUAAUUAUUAGAUCUUGAUCUGGAUGAAUGUAGUUUAGUGUUAGAUAUUGGAUGUGGUUCAGGAAUAUCAGGAUUUUAUUUAACAUAAGAGGGAGUGAAUUGGGUUGGAUUAGAUAUAUCAGAAUCUAUGUUAAAUGUUGCUUAAUAAGAAAAGACUGAAGGUGAAUUACUACUAUGUGAUAUUGGUUAAGGAUUCAAAUUUAGACCAGGUGUUUUUGAUGCUGCUAUAUCUAUUUCUGUUAUUUAAUGGUUAUGUGUUAGUUUCAAAAAAUCAGAAAAUCCAUAUAAAAGAUGUACAGCAUUCUUUGAGUCACUUAGAAACUGUUUAAAAAAUAAUGCUAGAGCAGUUUUUCAAUUUUAUCCAGAAAAUAAUGAAUAAAUUAAUAUGAUCACCAGUGCAGCUUUAAGAGCAGGUAUUCCAAAUAACACUUAUUAGAUUAGGUUUUAGUGGUGAUAUUGUUGUUGAUUACCCUAAUUCUGCUAAAGCUAAGAAACUUUAUCUUGUUCUUUAAUUAGGGGGAUAAUCAUCGAAAAAAACUAUGGAUGUUAUCUAAGGAUUAAUUGAAGAAUCUGAUGAAGAAAAAGUUAAAGUUAUUGGGAGAUAAUAAAAAAAAAUUAGAAAAUAAAAAAAAUAAAAAAAAAUUUCUGAAAAAUCUAAAUUAUGGAUUCUUAAAAGAAAAGAAAAAUAAACUAGAUUAGGAAGAAAAGUUAAAAAAACUACUAAAUAUACAGGUAGAAAAAGAAACAACCUAGGUUUAUUCAAAUGAUGAUG